UUCAUUUGGUUCUCAGGAGGUUUCAUUCUCUUCUUUCCCAGCUUUCACCAUGAGCAUUAGACAAGGGUCAGCCACAGGCAAAAGGUCUUCUGUUUUUGAAUCUUCUGGUGUUUCUACAAGUGGAAAUAGCCGUGGUAGAGCAGGUGGCAUUUAUAGUGGUGGAGGUCAUGUUGUUCACUAUGCUGGAAGCUUAAGGAGUGGGUAUGGUGGACAUGGUGGGAACAGAGGUGUAGGCUUUGCUGGUGGAUCUGCUGGUGGAUCUGCUGGUGGGGUAUGCUUUGAUUCUGGUGCUGGAUUUGGGUACAGUGGUGAAUCUGGCUUUGGUGGAGGAUCUGGAUAUGGGAGUGGAUUUGGAUUUGGUUCUGGCUACAUUGCAGCUGGAGGUGGCCACAGAGUUGGCUUUGGGUUUGGAGAUGAUUCAGGACUGCUGUCACUUAACGAAAAAAUAACCAUGCAAAAUCUGAAUGAUCGUCUGGCCACAUACUUAAACAAGGUGAAAGCAUUAGAAGAGGCCAACACUGAUCUGGAGAAGAAGAUCCGUAACUGGUAUGACACUCAUGGUCCAAGUCCAGUCCAAGACAAAGACUACAGUCCUUACUACAAAACCAUUGAAGACCUUCAGAAAAAGAUCUUGGCAGCCACUAUGGAUAACGGGCGCGUUGUCCUGCAGAUCGAUAAUGCCAAAUUAGCAGCAGAUGACUUCAGAAUGAAGUAUGAGAAUGAGUUGAUUCUGCGCCAGACAGUUGAAUCGGAUAUUAAUGGCCUGAAGAGGCUUUUGGAUGAUCUGACUCUUAACCGAAGUGAUUUGGAAUCCCAGCUGGAGAACUUGAAAGAAGAAUUAGCUGCUCUAAAGAAAAACCAUGAGGAGGAGAUGAAGUCACUGAAAGUACAAGUUGUAGGUGACGUCACUGUAGACAUGAAAGCCACCCCGGGCAUUGAUUUGCAGAAAGUUUUGGGAGACCUCAGACAUGAUUAUGAGCAAAUUAUGCUCAAAAACCAGAAGGACAUUGAAAUUUGGUAUCAAGAGAAGACUGCAGAGCUGCGCAAAAAUGUGUCUAGCAGCUCUCAAGAUAUCCAUACAACGAACACUCAGGUUACUGAAUUAAGACGCACUUUCCAAAACCUUGAAAUUGACCUACAGGCUCACCUCAGUACGAAAGCCGCCCUAGAAGCCUCUCUGGCCGAAACAGAAGGACGCUACUGUAUUCAGCUAUCUCAGAUGCAGGAAUUAAUCCAGAAUGUGGAGGCAGAGCUGGCUAAUCUUCGUUGCGAGAUGGAGAACCAGAGCCAUGAAUACAAUAUUCUCCUGGACAUCAAGACUCGCCUAGAGCAGGAGAUUAACACUUACCGGAGCCUUCUGGAUGGCCAAGGAACACAAUACCCCAAAAGUUCCUAUGACACAACUUUCUCCUCUGGUUCCCAAUCAGAUAAACAAGGGGGUUCCUCUUAUUAUGUCAGAACGCGGGUUGAGGACGGCGAUGGUAAAGUGAUCUCCUCCCGUGACCAAUAUCAUCACUCUGGAUACAAACAAUGAAUGGGAUGACCGGUCCCUUCUUUCUCUUGUGUUUCGGGCAAAAUCUUGUUGUUCCACUGAAGCCUGACUUUCUCUUCCUCUUCUUUAUUUUAAUCUACAGUAACUCUGGGCACAUAUAUAUAUAUAUUGAAUCUUUAAUCAGUGUGAUUACAAAACAUAUCAAUCUCUUAAGCCAUUUUCUGUUGGUCACACAUCUGUAUCUUCUGUCCCAGUGACAGUGAACAUUUCUGGAACAUCUUUAAUAAAGCAAUGCUAUAUUAUUUCCAUGCAA